CGUAAAACAGCGCAUAUUUUCCCUUUUGUUUUUUUUCAUUAAAGACUAAUUUGGAGGACAAACAAGUCUUUUUACUCUGUGCCACGUGGACGGAAAUAGGACUACUCCUAUUUUGGGAAAUGACCCUUCUAUUGGUCCUAUUUGAGUAAUUUACUCAUUUUGUAAUUGGAUAUAAUUUGGGGCAGCGGUAUAAACAGUAGCCAGAGUCCCAGACCCUAAUUGGAAGUUGGAACGAAGAAGAGAUAGAGAUGGUGGAAGCACGAAACGAUGAAGAAGAAUGCGCGUUACCCGUGAAAAGGAAACCCGACACAGACCUUCUAGACAUAGUUACUACUGAAAGCCUAAAUGACGACUCUAGCAAGAAGGCCAAACACGAAAAAUUUGUUGCCGGCGUUGUCUCUUCAAACCCCGAUGUCAAAUUGAUCGCCGAAAAAUCUGUUUCUGGCGUUUUCUGUACCGUAAAUGAUGAAGAAGACGAGGACGACGAAGAGGACUACCAGGCUGGAGAGGAAGCCGAGGUUGAUGACGAGUUUUCUAGUGGAGAGGCUGAAAACGACCGAAAAGGGAAGGCAAUAGCGAGUAACUACAAGGGGAAAGGGAAAUUGAUUGAGGAAUCAUUUGAUGAUUCUGAAUCUGAUUCCAGUUCAUUUGAAAGCGAAUCAGGUACGGACAGCGAGAGUCUCUCUGACGACCCUCUUGCAGAGGUUGACUUGGACAAUAUCCUCCCCUCCAGGACUCGGCGACGCAAUGCUCUUCCUGGCUUUCGCAUUUUUCCGGCUGCUGCAGGUAAAGCUCAACAUGACAGUGAUGGUGAUGAUCGUAGUGAUGCUUAACUUAGUCUACUUUCUCUGUUUCAAAAUGCGUAUGUUCCCUUUGAAACCCUAUGCACUUGUUUCCUAGACCUCUCCUUCCUUAGUUCUGUGCAACUUGGACGGCAUUUUCCGAUUGCUUAGAUCAUCAGAGUUAUCUUGUGAAUUUUAGCAAGUACCUGUUUGUUAAUCUCUAUAUUUGCUCUUAUGCAUUUAAUAUUUAAUUGCGUUGAUGUGAGUAGAAAGAUGCUAUAUUGGGCUCUUAAAAUCAAUUAGUCUUACGCAU